UCCUCCCACCACCAAUCCCUCAAAAUCUUUCAACUUUCAAGAGAGAUCCAUCUUGAAAAAAGACGAAAAAAGAAAAAAAAAACCCCCAAUGGCUUCCAAGGCUACAGCCUCACUUGCUUUCCUCCUCUGUCUCAAUCUCCUAUUCUUCACCUUUGUCUCAGCAUGUGACACUUGCUAUGUCCCUGCCCCUUCCAAGCCCAAGCCCAAGCCCAAGCCAUGCCCUCCUACUAAACCAAACCAUCCAUCGAACUAUGGAAAGUGUCCUAAGGAUGCCCUUAAAAUCGGCGUCUGUGCCAAGCUUCUCGGCGGCCUCGUCGACCUCACCAUCGGCAAGCCUCCGGUGACCCCAUGCUGCACCUUGGUUGAAGGUCUUGCUGAUCUUGAAGCCGCUACCUGCCUUUGCACUGCCAUUAAGGCUAGCGUGUUGGGAAACAAGAUUAAAAUCCCACUCCACCUCAGCUUGCUCCUUAACGUUUGCAAGAAGAAUCUUCCCAAUGGAUUCCAAUGCUGAUUUUAAUUAUUAUUUCCCUAUUUUUGAAUUCUUGAAUGUUUUGAUGUCUUGUGGUUCUAUGUUAUUUUAAUUUAAUUACUACCAGCUAUUCUGGGUCGAUGUAGAAUUUGUUUCAUUGAUCAAUAAUGUUUUGAUGUAGAACUAUUUAUUCUGAAUAGUUCUUUGAUCAAUAAAGUUUUAAUCUUUUU